AUGAACGUUUCAAGUCGACCAUUUGAAGUGAACAGUGGCGCAAAGUUCAACGAACUGAUCUCAGAUAACGCGGUCCGAAAACAAAACAACAUGAGAGCAAAUCGCGUCCUGCACAAAUUAACUAUUAUAUCAAUUCUUUACGUAACGCUGAUCUGCAGAGCCAAGAUCAUGAGGAACAACGCGCUGAUGAACAAGAUGAUGUCGCAGUUCCAUAAGGACAACAGCAACAAUCUCUCAAUGGAACCAGCGAUGGUGCAACAAACGCAGCCAAAAAACGUCAUAACAUUAAUGCAGGAUGUUCUCUGCAGGAAUUUCCCUACUAUACCUUGUACUGUCAUAAUGCAAGACGAGACGUUGAGAAGGUUAAUUCAGAAGUCCAUACAGCAAAUCAACAAUAGAAAGCUUUCGAUGGAGAGAACGACGCAAGCACAUGUGUACAAAACGAAUUUUCCUAUUGUAAACAGUGAGGAUCUGUCGAAUUUUCUCGAAGUCCAAAAUACAGGGUACUUCGACAACAGAGAACACAAGCAUGAGACGAAAAAACACAAACAAGUAAAUGUAGACAAAGUAAAAUGGUCGCAAGAGAAUUUGAAAAGCGCGAAGAAACUAAAGAACAUACAGCGAACUUCAAUGUACGGAAGGAAGAAGCUGCGAAAAUUCUACCCACAUAAAGUAAAAUACAAAGACAAGAAAGCAAAAAAUAAACCAGAGUACAAAGAUUACUCAGAUGAAAAACUGUCCAUGUCCGUAGAGAUUCCUGACAUGACGUUGACGAAGAAACACCAACACUAUUCGUACAAAAUGGAGCCAGCCGAUCCACCAGUUUGGAGGAUAGACUAUACGAAACACGGGGAUCCGAGUUACAAUAUACUGGGAUCCAUAACAAAAACUGGGUCGAAUAGGGUCGUUGACGACAAAGAGUUGGAGAAAUCAGCGAGGAAAGACGUCAUGCACCCAGACGUGUAUAUUAAAACGAACUUUAUUAGAAAGAACUCGGAGUUGAUAGAUUGA